CCGCCAUCCGCUCACACGUCUAUUCACCCACUAAGAUGUGUGAACACCAACCCAAGCCCCUAUUGUUUCCCAAUGAUUCCCCAAGUGUAGUUAGCGCUGAUGAUACCAUUUGUAGAUAUAUGAUUAGAUCCUUGGUCGAUUGUAUGUCCAGGACCCGCCUAUAUUCACACACAGCGGCUUCUUCAGGUGAAAAUUGCUUCUCCGCUCCGAACUCCGCCCACCCUUCACAGUCACCCUUUUUCGCACUCAAAAAUGGAGCGUACCAAUUAAAUCAUAUUAAAUCGUUAUAA